AUGGCCCACUACAAAGGAGCAGCAAAAGAAGCUGGACGAGCAGCAAAUCUCUUGAAGAAGAGAGCGAGAGAGCAGGAGGAAGCAGAAGCAAAAAAGAAAAAGAUUGAAGAGGAACUAGCAAUUGGGAGCAUACACAACAAAUUUGCUGCCCACUACGAUGCUAUUGAGCAGUCACUGAAGUCAAGCACUAUAGGUUUGGUGACGUUGACGGAGAUGAAGGCCAGGCAGGAAAAUGUUAUAAUUGAACGAGAGCGGCAGCUAGCAAAGAAGAAUGCAGAGGCUCGGCAAAUAGAAAAAGCCAAGGAGGACAAGAAGAAAAAGGAGCAGAGAAAGAUAACUAUGUUGUCAUUUGACGUAGAGGAAGAUGAAGACAACAGUGAUGAUAAUGACACCAAAGAUAACACCAAUGACAGUGGAGGCAGACCUGAUCAUGACACAGAUGAUGACCAUGAAGAUGCUGGAGCCUCUCCUUCAGAAGAUGCAGAUGAUACAGUGAAUGCAGCAAAUGAGAGGAGAAAAAAGAGACUGGGUAUGAACCCUGAAGUUGACACCAGCUUUCUGCCAGAUAGGGACAGAGAUGAAGAGGAAAACAAACUAAGGGAGCAACUGCGUCAAGAAUGGGUGACCACACAAGAAAGAAUUAAAAAUGAGGAGAUAACUAUUACCUACAGUUACUGGGAUGGCUCCGGACAUAGAAGACAGGUCAAUAUGAAGAAAGGCAACACAGUACAACAGUUCUUGCAGAAGUGCUUGGAGAGUUUACGCAAAGAAUUCAAUGACCUUCGACCUAUCUCUGUUGACCAGCUGAUGUACGUCAAAGAGGAUUUGAUUAUCCCACAUCACUAUUCCUUCUAUGACUUCAUAGUUACCAAAGCUCGGGGUAAGAGUGGUCCUCUAUUCAACUUUGAUGCCCACGACGAUGUCAGGAUCAUCAACGACGCAAAAGUGGAGAAAAGUGAAUCUCAUGCGGGGAAAGUUUGCUUGAGGAGCUGGUAUGAGAGAAACAAACAUAUUUUCCCUGCCAGUCGGUGGGAGCCGUACGAUCCAGAGAAGAGUUGGGAUAAUUAUACCAUAUCUGACAAGAAUGCAGUUAAAAUCACUGUCAAAUAA